AUGAGAUUCAUUUGUAAAAAGAAAAAUGAUUUAUUUCACUAUCUUAAUAUCUGUCAACCUUUAAUUUUUUUUCAUUUCAUUCUUUUAUCUAUCUAUCUAUCUAUCUAUCUAUCUAUCUGUCACCAUUGUUUUAUUCUUUACUUCUUUCUAUUAUCUCUCUCUCUAUAUAUAUAUCUAUGUCCAUACCUAUCUAUCAAUCGAUCUAUCUUAAUAUGUUCGACCUUCGUUCUAUUCUUUAUUUCAUUCUCUUAUCUAUCUAUCUAUCUAUCUAUCUAUCUAUCUAUCUAUCUAUCUGUCUGUCACCAUUGUUUUAUUCUUUAUUUCUUUCGAUUAUCUCUUUCUAUAUAUAUAUAUAUAUAUCAGACUGUCUAUCUUUAUAUCUGUGAACCUUUGUUUUAUUCUUUAUUUCUUUCUACUAUCUCUCUAUCUAUAUAUAUGUAUGUAUGUCAAUAUCUAUCAAUUCAUCAAUCGAUCUAUCUUAAUAUCGGUCAACCUUUGUUUUAUUCUUAUCUAUCUAUCUAUCUAUCUAUCUAUCUAUCUAUCUAUCUAUCUAUCUAUCUAUCUGUUAUUCUCGAUCUAUCUAUCUAUGUUUCUUUCGAUCUGUUUCAGUAUUUUACUAUCACAGUUCUUUUUUUUUCUGUUCAUCAUCUAUCUAUCUUAAUAUCUAUCAUCUCAAUUUCUAUCUUUUUUUUUUUUUACUUUUUUUUUCUUUUAUCUAUUUAUCUUUCUAUCUAUUGCCCACAUAAUAGGAAACAAAUGACUUUAAUUGUAUACUAUCUCAGUACCUGUGCCAUAGUCAUUGAGUUUUAA